UCGAGACCAUAUGAGCAGCUCAAGGGGCUGUAGCCCAUUGCUCUGCCCACUGCUUGACAAGUUACUCUGGGUUCCAGUUUGAUAAGGAAAGACUUCCUGUGGUGGAAACCAAAAAGAACGGAAAGAGCUUGUCCAUUCCUGCCAGAAGGUUGUGGGAGAAGGAAGAUGGCCAGAGCUUUGUGUCCAUUGCAUGCCCUAUGGCUCCUGGAGUGGGCACAGCUGCUCUUGGGACCCAGUACUGUCCCACCAUCCUGGGCCUUGAACUUGGAUCCACUGCAGCUCACCUUUUACACAGGCCCCAAUGGCAGCCACUUUGGGUUUUCAUUGGACUUCUACAAGGACAGCCGUGGGAGCGUGGCCAUUGUGGUGGGCGCCCCACGGACCCUAGGCCAUGGUCUGGAGGAGACAGGCGGCGUGUUCCUGUGCCCCUGGAGGGCCGAGGGCGACCAGUGCACCUCGCUGACCUUCGACCUCAGCGAUGAGACCCGGAAGACUGGCUUCCAAACCUUCCAAAUCUUCAAAGCUGGACAAGGACUGGGGGCGUCGGUCGCCAGCUGGAGGGACAACAUUGUGGCCUGCGCCCCCUGGCAGCACUGGAACGUUCUAGAACCGACCGAUGAGGCCGAGAAGACGCCCGUAGGUAGCUGCUAUGUGGCUCAGCUCCAGAGCGGCCGCCGCGCGGAGUACUCGCCCUGCCGGGAGGUCACCAUGAGCAAAGUUUACGCGAAGAAAGGCUUUGGAGAAGACCGGCGCUACUGCGAAGCGGGCUUCAGCUCCGUAGUCACCCAGGAUGGGGAGCUGGUACUCGGAGCCCCUGGCGGCUAUUAUUUUGUAGGUCUCCUGGCCCGGGCUCCAGUCGCCGAUAUCAUCUCGAGUUACUCCCCGGGCACUGUCUUGUGGCACUUGUCCACCCAGAGCUUCACCUUCGACUCCAUCAAAUCAGAAUACUUCGAUGGCUACCGGGGGUACUCGGUGGCCGUGGGCGAAUUCGACGGGAAUCCCAAUACUACAGAGUAUGUCUUCGGAGCCCCCACCUGGAGAUGGACCCUGGGAGCGGUGGGGAUUUUGGACUCGCACUACCAGGAGCUGCAUCUGCUGCAUGGAGAGCAGAUGGCUUCAUAUUUCGGGCACUCGGUGGCUGUCACUGAUGUCAACGGGGACGGGAGGCACGACCUGCUAGUGGGCGCCCCGCUGUAUAUGGCGAACCGCGCAGACCGCAAGCUGGCCGAGGUGGGGCGUGUGUAUCUGUUCUUGCAGCCCCGCGGCCCCCACACGCUGGGCGCCCCCAGCCUCCUGCUCACCGGUACACAACUCUACGGGCGAUUUGGCUCGGCCAUCGCACCCCUGGGCGACCUCGACCGGGAUGGCUACAACGAUGUGGCAGUGGCUGCCCCCUACGGGGGUCCCAGUGGUCGGGGCCAGGUGCUGGUGUUCCGGGGUCAGAGUGAGGGCCUGAGCUCACUCCCAUCCCAGGUCCUGGACAGCCCCUUCCCCACAGGCUCCGGCUUUGGCUUCUCCCUUCGAGGUGCCACAGACAUCGAUGACAAUGGAUACCCAGACCUGCUAGUGGGAGCUUACGGGGUCAGCAAGGUGGCUGUGUACAGAGCUCAGCCCGUGGUGACGGCCAAUGUCCAGCUACUAGUGCAAGAUUCACUGAAUCCUGCUGUGAAGAAUUGUGUCCUGCCCCAGACCAACACACAAGUGAGCUGCUUUGACAUCCGGAUGUGCGUGGGAGCCACCGGGCACAACAUUCCUCAGAAGCUGCGCCUAAAUGCUGAGCUGCAGCUGGACCGGCAGAAGUCACGCCAGGGCCGGCGGGUGCUUCUGCUGGUCUCUCAACAGGCGAGCACCACCCUGCAUCUGGACCUAGGCGGAAAGCACAGCCCCAUCUGCCACACUACCAAGGCCUUCCUCCGAGAUGAGGCAGAUUUCCGGGACAAGCUGAGCCCCAUUGUGCUCAGCCUGAAUGUGUCCCUGCAGCCCGAUGAAUCUGGAAUGGUCCCUGCUCUCGUGCUGCAUGGAGACACCCACAUCCAGGAGCAGACCCGAAUUAUCCUGGACUGUGGGGAAGACGACCUGUGUGUGCCCCAACUUCAGCUCACUGCUAACAUGGCAGGUUCCCCACUCCUCAUCGGGGCCGACAACGUGCUGCGGCUGCAGGUGACUGCUGCCAACGAGGGCGAGGGGGCCUACGAAGCUGAGAUGGCUGUGCAUCUGCCCCCGGGGGCCCACUACAUGCGAGCUCUCAGGGACACUGAGGGCUCUGAAAGGCUUAUCUGUAACCCAAAGAAGGAGAAUGAGACCAAAGUGGUGCUGUGUGAGCUGGGCAAUCCCAUGAAGAAGGAGGCCAGGAUAGGAAUCACGAUGUUGGUGAGUGUGGGGGACCUAGAAGAAGCUGGGGAGUAUGUGUCCUUCUGGCUGCAGAUCAGGAGCAAGAACAGCCAGAAUCCAAACAGCGAGAUUGUGGCACUGGAUGUGCCAGUCCAGGCAGAGGCCCAUAUGGAGCUGCGAGGGAACUCCUUUCCAACCUCCCUGGUGGUGGCAGCCGAAGAAGGCGACAGGAAGGAGAAUAGCUCAGACAGCUGGGGACCCAAAGUGGAGCACACUUAUGAGCUUCACAACAAUGGCCCUGGUACUGUAAGUGGCCUCCACCUCAGCCUCCAACUCCCUGGCCAGUCCCAGACUUCUGACCUGCUCUACAUCCUGGAUGUGCAGACCCAGGGGGGGCUCCGGUGCUCCUCACAGCCUCCCUACAACCCCCACAAGCUGAACCAGAGCCUGCCCACCCCCAGUCUGCCCCCCGAUUUCCCUGCUGGUCACCAACGGGAGCGAAGGCAGGCAUUCCUGCCAGGCUGGCAGCAGCCCUCGGAACUCCGGGAUCCAGUUCUCCUGAGCUGCGACUCAGCCCCCUGUACUGUGGUGGAGUGUGAGCUGCAGGAGAUGGUGCGCGGGCAGCGGGCCAUGGUCACGGUGCAGGCCUUCCUGCAGCUGCCCAGCCUCCGAGAGAGGCCGCUGGAUCAGUUUGUCCUGCAAUCCCAUGCGUGGUUCAACGUCUCCGCCCUUCCCUACGCUGUGCCUGCGCUCGGCCUGCCCAGUGGGAAGGCUCUGGUGCAGACGCAGUUGCUUCGGGUUUUGGAGGACAGGGACAUUCCAACCUGGUGGAUCCUGGUAGGCGUGCUGGGUGGCUUGCUGCUGCUCACACUCCUGGUCCUGGCCAUGUGGAAGGUUGGCUUCUUCAAGCGAAAUCGGCCCCCCCUGGAAGAAGAUGAUGAAGAGGAGGACUGAGGGUGCAAGCUGCUCCCCUGAUCCAGCAGAAAGGCCAGCGUGGUGCCUGCUCUGCCCUUUCCUCUCCACUAAGUACCCCCCAUGCCCAGUUCUGAUCUUUCAGGGGUUGAAGCUGCUCCAGGGGGUCUCCUGGUAGCCUCUCCUUCCCCACAAAAGUGGGCCAUCCCCUUUCCUGCUGCCUAAUAAAGAGGCCGGGUCUC